GGCGGACUUCCUGCCGUCCCGCUCCGUGCUGUCCGUCUGUUUCCCGAACUGUGUGCUGAACAGCCGGGAGGCCGAACAACAGAGGAAGUCCAAAGACAUCGACCGGCUCAUCUCCCGGGAGAAGACGUAUGUCAAGCGGCUGGUGAAGAUCCUCCUCCUCGGGGCCGGGGGGAGAGCGGCAAGAGUACCUUCCUCAAACAGAUGAGGAUCAUCCACGGCCAGGACUUCGACCUGCGGGCCAAGGAGGAGUUCCGGGCCACCAUCUACAGCAACGUCAUCAAGGGUAUCAGAGUGCUGGUGGACGCCCGCGAGAAGCUGCACAUUCCCUGGGGGGACCCGUCCAAUCAGAAGCACGGUGAGGUGAUGAUGGCGUUUGACACGCGCUCAGCCAUGGUGGUUCAGGGAAUGGUGGAGACGCAUAUCUUCCUCACACACUUGGCGUCUAUAAAGGCAUUAUGGACAGAUAGCGGCGUUCAGCACGCCUACGACCGGCGCCGGGAGUUCCAGCUGGGGGAAUCUGUCAAAUAUUUCCUGGAUAAUUUGGACAAGCUUGGACAACUGGACUACCUCCCCUCUCAGCAGGACAUAUUGCUGGCCCGUCGUCCCACCAAAGGAAUCCAUGAGUAUGACUUCGAAAUCAAAAACGUGCCUUUCAAAAUGGUGGACGUUGGGGGUCAGCGGUCGGAGCGGAAGCGUUGGUUCGAGUGCUUUGACAGCGUCACCUCCAUCCUGUUCUUGGUGUCCUCCAGCGAGUAUGACCAGGUGCUCAUGGAGGACCGGCAGACCAACCGCCUGACCGAGUCCCUCAACAUCUUCGAGACGAUAGUCAACAACCGCGUGUUCAGCAACGUCUCCAUCAUCCUGUUCCUCAACAAGACUGACUUGCUGGAGGAGAAGGUGAAAAUAGUCAGCAUAAAGGACUACUUCCCCGACUUCGAGGGGGACCCCCAUUGCCUUUCUGACGUCCAAAAGUACCUGGUAGAUUGUUUCCGCAACAAGCGCCGAGACCAGCAACAGAAGCCGCUGUACCACCACUUCACCACGGCCAUCAACACGGAGAACAUCCGCCUCGUCUUCCGCGACGUCAAAGAUACAAUCCUCCAUGACAACCUCAAGCAGCUGAUGCUGCAGUGA